GAUUGGUGAGACCCCUGGCAAAGGGGGGGGACUACUCUACAUAGCGUCCUUACUGGUACCCCAGAAGCACGCCUAUACAAGAAAUUAGUAAAUAAAUACUUUAGUAAAGUAUCUAUCUAUCUUCCAUUUACGUAGAGUAUUAUACAUAUAUCGAUAUAGAUCUAACAGCCUUUGAAAAAUGCUUUAAUAAAAAGCAGUAUACAGUACACACAUGAUGGCAAGUAAUUCAUCUCUAGAGCUACAAGAAAACCCCCAAUUUUUUAGACAUGAUUCCAAGUAUGACUGUCUGGUAUGUAAGGAAGUGCUCAAGGAGGCAAUGCAGACAAGCUGUGGGCACAGGAUUUGUGAAAGAUGUAUUUCCAAGUUGUUUGAAGGAAAGUCAGAACCAGUCAUGUGUCCUGCGGAUGAAGAAGAUUGUGAGCCACAAUACAGAUCUAAUAUAACACCAGAUCCCAGUGGACGAAGGGAAAUAAGGAAUUUGAAUGUUUAUUGCGAAUACAAAGAGCAUGGUUGUGAUGAAGUUGUUAGAUGGAAAGACCUUCAAGGUCACAUGGGCAAAUGCAAGUAUAAGCCUGUAGAAUGCCCGAACAAAAAAUUUGGAUGUAAAGCAUUACUGUCUAGUAACAUUGUACAGCAACAUGUAGAAAAUGAAUGUAAAUACAGGCAAGAAGAAUGUCAGUUUUGCAGAAACUUUUUGCCGACCAUGUUGUUGCAGG